AUGAGGGGCGACGAGGAAGAAGACGAUUCGAAUCUUGCUAAUAACCAGUUCACCGGAUCUGCUCAGUAUUCUGUAUCUCAAAUGACCCCUCUCAAGUACCGCAAUCUUGCUCACAACCAGCUUAAGAAGCUAGCUAUUGACUUCACCAAACUCACCUCUCUCUCCAUCUUGGACCUCUCUUCCAAUACUAUCACAGGUUCUCUUCCAAACACAAUGAGCUCUCUUACAAGUGCAAUGUCAAUCCACCCUUCCUCUCAAAAAUUUGUGGGUUAUAUGGUAGCAUAUCAGCUCUAUGAGCUUUGUGAAGCCGUGGGACCUGAGCCUACUAGAGUUCCAAACAUCAAAUUCAAUGUCGCUAAAGUGCUUCAGUCUCUCAUCCCAAUUGUGGAUCAGUCGGUUGUAGAGAAGACGAUUCGUCCAGGGCUUGUGGAGCUAAGUGAGGAUCCAGAUGUUGAUGUCAGUUUUUUUGCAAACCAAGCUCUUCAGUCUAUUGAUAAUGUGAUGAUGUCUAGCUAA